AUGUCGGGAACUGAGACGGGAGGAGUGAUGACCAGUAGAGAACAGUUCACGCUCGAUGUUCACAAAACUCCGCUGACGUCACAGCCGCCGGCACAGAACGUUCUUCUAGGUUACAGUGCCGACGGAACUGCCGUGUACUCCGGGAGCGGUGGCGGUGGUGGUGGCGGAGGUUCGGCAACAGCGGCCACCGCGGUGCCCCAUAAUGUAAGCGUGGGGGGAACUGUGAAGAGGAAGCGAGGGAGGCCAAGAAAGUACGGUCCAAAUGGGGCCAUGACAUUGUCACUGACGCCGGCACCGCUGCCGCCUGCAACCGUCCCUCAGUCAGCAGGUACGUUCUCUCCACCGCCGCAGCCCCCUCCUCCAUCUGUUCCUUUAGGAGGAGGAGGAGGAUCAGAAUCACAUUCUUCAUUGAAAAAGGGCAGGGGUAGACCACCUGGAUCAAGCAAGAAGCAACAAAUGGAAGCUCUGGGAUUAGCAGGGGUUGGAUUUACACCGCAUAUUAUCACUGUGAAAGCUGGAGAGGACGUGUCAUCCAAGAUAAUGUCAUUCUCUCAGCAUGGUCCAAGGGCUGUUUGCGUUCUGUCUGCAAGUGGAACCAUUUCCAAUGUGACUCUUCGCCAAGCAGCAACCUCUGGUGGAACUGCGACGUAUGAGGGGCGAUUUGAUAUACUAUCACUUUCUGGUUCAUUUUUGCUGACGGAGGUUGGUGGUCAGCGGAGCAGAACCGGUGGGCUGAGUGUCUCAUUAGCUGGACCGGAUGGACGUGUUUUAGGUGGGUGUGUUGCGGGGCUUCUAACUGCUGCAUCCCCUGUUCAGGUAAUUGUGGGCAGUUUCAUUGCAGAUGGCCGGAAUGAUACAAAGUCAAUAAGCCAAAUGGAACCCCUCUCUGCUCCACCAAAGCUGACACCAGGUGGUGGUGCAACAGGUGCUAGCAGCCCUCAAUCACACGGGACGUUCAGUGAAUCCUCUGGUGGGAGCCCACUCAACCACAGUACAGGAGCUUUCAACAAUAACAACCCUCAAGGCAUCUCGAGCAUGCCAUGGAGGUGAUUUUUGCUGUAGAUUGGUUUUCUCCCUUGUGAUGGUACGGGAUCUGUUGUCUAUUAGCUAAUUCUUUCACCCUUGAAAAGACCCGGUUGUUGGUUAAGCUCGUUGUUGUACAACUUAUAUGCAGAGUUAGUACAAGUGGCGACUUUCCAGGGGCCUUGGUGGUCCUGGCGAUAGCCAACCUUUGUAGUGGUGAAAAGGUGCUCUUCCCCAGUUAUUGGUAUCAUUAGAUGUACUCGUAGGGUCUAGAGAACAGAAUGGUGAUUUAGUUCUAGUUAAUAUAUGUGUUAGGUGUUCUGUUGUCGCCCAUGAAAUGGACCAACCUUGUUCCUGGUGUGUCCAUUUUCCGAAAGCGCCUCUACAUUGCAUGAAGUUAUCAUAUUUAUGUUGUCUGGUAGGCCCA